CACCGGGCGAGGGGGGGCUGUGCGCGUGCACCCGGAGAGCUACGCACGGAGGAAGCGUGCGCCCACCGGGUGCCCGGGGCGGGCGGCUGCGCAGGGCCGGUACCGGGGGCGGCACCGCCGGCAGCGUCUGUGGCGGGGCGGGCGCGGCGGAGCACCGCCUCCCCGGGCAGCGGGGCGGGCCGCCCGCUCGGGCCUUGCUCGCUGAGGCCUGGCCGAGCCGGGUGAAGGGCCGAUGGAGGCGGCGGGCGGCGGGGGAGCGGCGGCGGCGACGGGCGGCAUCGCCCUGCACGACUUCAGCGGGCGGCUGGGCGAGCAGCGGGUGCACUUCCACGCCAUGCGGCUGCGGGACUCGCUCUUCCUCUGGGUGGGCGCCGCGCCCGCCCUCGCCAGCCUGGCCGUCGCCAUGUGCAGCCCCCGUGACAGCAUCCCGGUGGCCGCCUCGCUCCUGGGGGAUCCCUCCGACACCGCCUCCGCCUGCCUGGCUCAGCGCUUGGCCAGCAAGACCAAAAAACAGAUAUUUGUCAGCUACAAUCUUCAAAACACAGACAGCAAUUUCACCUUACUCAUAGAAAACAGGAUCAAAGAAGAAAUGAUGGCUUUUCCAGAGAAGUUCUGACUUUUCGUCAUUGUAAAAUAACUGGGGUUUUUGUUUUAGAAAAACUGAUUGCCAUUUUCACACUGACAUUAAGUUAGUAUAUUUGUUUUGUAUUGUUUUGAUUGAAUUUGCAAUUGUUAUUAAAUAUAGCUGGACCUAAA